CACCAUCCUCCUCCUCCUCCUCCUCCUCCUCCCUCCGCCCUCCGCAUCCCCGCGCCGCCACCCGCAGCCUCGCCCGGCCGUGCGCGCCCCUGGGUGCCCCCCGAACCCCCCCGGCGCGGAGCCAUGGCCCCCAUCGGACUCAAGGCUGUGGUGGGAGAGAAGAUUAUGCACGAUGUGAUCCGCAAGGUGAAGAAGAAGGGGGAAUGGAAGGUGCUGGUGGUGGACCAGCUGAGCAUGCGCAUGCUCUCGUCCUGCUGCAAGAUGACUGACAUCAUGACAGAGGGCAUCACCAUUGUGGAAGACAUCAACAAGCGCCGGGAGCCGCUGCCCAGCCUGGAGGCCGUGUACCUCAUCACCCCCUCUGAGAAGUCCAUCCACUCCCUCAUCAAUGACUUCAAGGAUCCCCCCACCUCCAAGUACAGAGCUGCCCACGUCUUCUUCACUGACUCCUGUCCUGACGCCCUGUUCAACGAGCUGGUGAAAUCCCGCGCCGCCAAGGUCAUCAAAACCCUGACUGAGAUCAACAUUGCCUUCCUCCCGUCUGAGUCCCAGGUUUAUUCUCUGGAUUCAGCUGACUCCUUCCAGAGCUUUUACAGCCCACACAAGGCCCAGAUGAAGAACCCGAUCCUGGAGCGCCUGGCAGAGCAGAUUGCCACGCUCUGUGCCACCCUGAAGGAGUACCCAGCCGUGCGGUACCGCGGGGAUUACAAGGACAAUGCCAUGCUGGCACAGCUGAUCCAGGACAAGCUGGAUGCCUACAAGGCUGAUGACCCCACCAUGGGUGAGGGUCCGGACAAGGCUCGCUCCCAGCUGCUCAUCCUGGACCGUGGCUUUGACCCCGCGUCGCCGGUGCUGCACGAGCUCACCUUCCAGGCCAUGAGCUACGACCUGCUGCCCAUCGAGAACGACGUCUACAAGUACGAGACCAGUGGCAUUGGUGAGGCCCGGAUCAAGGAGGUUCUGCUGGAUGAGGAUGACGACCUGUGGGUCACCCUGCGCCACAAACACAUCGCCGAGGUGUCCCAGGAGGUGACCCGGUCCCUGAAGGAGUUUUCUUCCAGCAAGAGGAUGAACACGGGUGACAAGACCACCAUGAGGGACCUGUCCCAGAUGCUGAAGAAGAUGCCACAGUACCAGAAGGAGCUCAGCAAGUACUCCACCCACCUGCACCUGGCUGAGGACUGCAUGAAGCACUACCAGGGCACUGUGGACAAGCUGUGCCGAGUUGAGCAGGACCUGGCCAUGGGCACUGAUGCUGAAGGUGAGAAGAUCAAGGACCCCAUGAGGGCCAUUGUCCCCAUCCUGCUGGAUGGCAAUGUCAGCACCUAUGACAAGAUCCGCAUCAUCCUGCUCUACAUCUUCCUGAAGAACGGAAUCACCGAGGAGAACCUGAACAAGCUGAUCCAGCACGCUCAGAUCCCGGCAGAGGACAGCGAGAUCAUCACUAACAUGGCCCACCUCGGGGUGCCCAUCAUCACAGACUCCACGCUGCGCCGCCGGAGCAAGCCGGAACGCAAGGAGCGCAUCAGCGAGCAGACCUACCAGCUGUCCCGGUGGACCCCGGUGAUCAAGGACAUCAUGGAGGAUGCCAUUGAUGACAAGCUGGACACCAAGCACUACCCGUACAUCUCCACCCGCUCCUCCGCCUCCUUCAGCACCACUGCCGUCAGUGCCCGCUACGGCCACUGGCACAAGAACAAGGCCCCCGGCGAGUACCGGAGCGGGCCCCGCCUCAUCAUCUUCAUCCUGGGCGGGGUGAGCAUGAACGAGAUGCGCUGCGCCUACGAGGUGACACAAGCCAGCGGCAAGUGGGAGGUGCUAAUAGGGUCCACGCACAUCCUCACCCCACAGAAACUGCUGGACACGCUGAAGAAACUCAAUAAAACAGAGGAAGAGAGCAGCAGUUAAAAGGAAACGCUGUCACCACUCGAUGCCGACCCAUGUCCCCGCCGGGCGCCCGGCCCCGGGUGCCACCCUGCACCCUGUGGGCCCCAGCUUCUCUCUUGUUCUUGUGUUGAUCCCCUCCUCUCCCCUCCCAGCGCCUCCCCCAUCUCAUUUUAUCCACAGGGAGGGGAUAACAGCCAAAAAAAAAAAUAAUAUAUAUAUAUAUAUAUUAAGAAAAUGGAUGCAUUGUGUUUAAGAGAAAAAGGAAAAAAAAAAAAUCUAUAUAUUUGUAGCUGCAGCUGUGGGAAGCGCCCAGGAGCUCAUUGCUGAGUAACCAUCUGCCCAUUGCUAGUGGUGGGGAAAAUGACAGAAAAACACUUUUUUUUUGGGGAAUGCUCCUCAUUGGGGUCUUGUGUGGACGGGAGGACAGAUGGACGGACACCCCACACCGCUCCAGCUGCUGCUCAGGCGGGCACCAGGCUGGCACCACCAUCUGUCCCAUGGCUUUUGGGGUGGUGGGUGCUCCUGCCAGAUGUGCACAGCAACAUCUGGGUGGGACUUUGCGAGGGGGGUGGUGUGGGAGUGCAGCCAGGACGCUUCACAGCGUGGUAAUUCCCGUGUGAAAAGGGACCAAACCGGUCAAAACUGGGAGCUGGGGCCCGUCUGCUUGCACAGCCCUGCUGCAGCCCUGCCUCCCUCUCUGGGAAUUCCUUCAAAAAUAUAUAUAUAUAUAAAAUAAAAAGCUAUUUUAUAUAUAUAUAUGUGUGCUAUCUCUCCAUGGAUACCUCUCUCUAUCCAUCCAUCGCCAUGGGAGCUUGGUGCCCGUGCCCAGCUCCGCUCGUGUCGUCCCGUGGUGAAGCGUUUCUGAGCGUGCCGUCACCCUGAGACCCCCAAAACCCCUCUGGGCCCUCCCUAAAACUCCUCUGGGCCCUCCCCAAAAUCCCUCUGGGGCCCCCCAAACUCCCAAGGCCCCUCCCCCAAACCCUCUGGACUCUGUGUAUAUUAAUGACUGUGUCUUGUGACGUUCUUACGAGCUUGGUGUAUAGUGAUUUCCCCAAACCUCUGAUUUUAGUUGGGUUUUUAUUUGACGCCCCUGGAUUGCCCCCCUGUUCCCUUGCCUUUAGAUGCACUGCAAUAUUUUGGGGUCUAUGGUUUUGUUCUCUUCCCCCUGAAGGCUGUGAGCCCCCUUUUCCUACCCUAAAAUUGCUCUUUCUUGCCUCGUUGGUGGUUAGCCCCCCCUUUUCCCUUCCUUUCCCGUCUGCUCCUUGCCCAUAAAGUUAAAUAUAUAUUUUUAGGGCAAAGGCUGUAUCAUUGCACUGAUAUUUGUUGGUUCCCCUUUGGUCUCCCAGCCCGUUUCUGUUCCUCUUUGGUUUAGCAAUGCAAAUGCUUCAGGAUCUUGUAUGUUGGACAUUAUUAUUAUUAUUAUUAUUUUUUCUGUUACAGUUAUUUAUAUAAAAAAUAAUUUAUCAAAAAGGAAAACUUUAAAAAAAAAUUAAUCUAGUCUGUCUUGGAACUUGUUUACCUUGAAAUUACUGGAAUCUAAAUGUUUGAAAGUGUUGAAGCACAAACAUGUAUCAUCUCUGUAUAUCUGUUCUUCUGUACUAAAGCACUCGAGUGACUAAAUAAAAGCGAUCUCCAUCCCUAGUGCAA